GAGGAGCAUGGUCAGUCCACUCCCAAAGAGGAGGUGGUCCCUUGGCACCUGCUCUUGGGUGGGUACACAUCUCUGGCAGGGCCCAGGCUGAGGUCUUUUUCUUUUCUUUUUUGUCUUUUUAGGUCUGCACCCGUAGCGUACGGAGGUUCCCAGUGUAGAGGUCAAACUGGAGCUGUAGCUGCUGGCCUAAGCUACAGUCACAGCAACACUAGGUCCGAGACUCGUCUGUCACCCACAUAGCUCAUGGCAAUGCCCGGAUCCUUAACCCACUGAGCAAAGUCAGGGGUCGAACCUGCAUCCUCAUGGAUGCUAGUCAGAUUCAUUUCCGCUGAGCCACAGUGGUAACUCCCAGGCUGGGGUCUUGGCAGAGUGAGGGGGCACCUUCAUCUUUGCCGUCCUUGCUUCCAAGGCUGGUUGCCUCCUUCUCUGGUCUUGGGUGUAGAGCAUUAGGGUCAAGCCCUGGUUCUAGCUGCUUUGGGCUCUGAGGCAGUCCCCUUCACCCACCCCAACCCCUGCAGCGUCCGGCUUUUUGUGGACCGAGUCUUACACAUCCCCACCACCGUUCUCCCAUGGGGUGUGUCUGGUUCUUCCUGGCCUCUUCCCAAAAGAGGAUGCCCAGUCUCACAGCCGGGACUGGUGUCCCCUUUGGGAGGGUCAGGGCCAGGGGUUCCCCCUGCUGUUGUCACUGAAACGUAGGGCAAGUGGAGGCUGGGGCCGAGGACGCAUGAAUUCCCAGGGCCAGGGUGGGAGGAAGGCCCGUUGGGCAGGUUGUGCCUGCUCCGCCCCCUCGCAGUCUGACGCUGCAGGACCUGCGCCUGUGGCCUGGCGAUGGGGCGGCGGUGGGAACAGAACUGAGGCUCUGAGCCUACCAGGGUUUGGCCUUGAGCGAUGCGGAACUACCCAGGGCUUGGGUGAGGCGAAGUGACCAACCGGGGGCGGGGCCGGGGCGGAAGUUCCGGGUAGUGGGCACCGCCCCCGCGGGCCAUUGGCUGGUACCCGCCCCCGCGCUAGUGACUGACACUCGCGGGGCGCAGCGCAGCCACUGCUUCCGCCGGGCCAUGGGGCCGCGCGUGCUGCCGCCGCGGCUCCUACUGCUGCUGCCGCCGGCGCUAUUGCUGCCGGCGCUGCUGUGCGGAGCCGAGGAGGCCGCGCCCCCAUCGCUGCGCUCUACUCAGGCCGCACUGUCGCCGCCGCCCGCCGUGACGAACGGGAGCCAGCCGGGCGCGCCGCACAACAGCACACACCAGGGGCCGCUGGGCUCGCCAGGCUCGCCGCUGGUGCGCUCCAUCUACGUGGUCACGGGCCUCAUCUGCCUGGCCUUGCUCUACUUCCUCAUCCGGGCUUUCAGGUUGAAAAAGCCACAGCGGAGGCGGUACGGGCUCCUGGCCAACAGCGAGGACCCCACUGAGACAGCCUCGUUGGAUAGCGAUGAGGAGACGGUCUUUGAAACAAAGAAUCUGAGAUGAUAUUCAUGUUGGGAAGGCGGCAUUUUCAGCGGCCCUGGGGGACAGACAGGAGACAGGGCCCACCGAUUCUCCUGCUGGACCAGAGAGCUUGUGUGGGACCUACCUGGCCACCUGAAGCCACCUCAGCCCUCCAGAUGGACAAGACUGCCUAGGAUACUGGCUGGAAGUCAGAGGGGCCCUGGUAGCCCCACCCAGGACUCUGAGGUCCCCUGGCCACAUUGUGACUUGUGUCAGUUGCUCUUCCUGGUGGGGAUAUGGCAGCCCCGAGUUGAGGCCUGGUAGGUGGGAGGGCUAAGGGGUCUGUCUGGAAGUACCUAACCCCUGGGCUGGGGACAAUAAAGGCAGCAGUGGUUUUGCA